UUUUAACUUUGGGUUGAGGAAAUAAGGAAAAUAUGCAAAAAUAUCGGAAGUUAACAUCUCUUAUUGAACAUGCCACCGGCAUUGAAUAAAAUUGAGGAAAAAAGACAGGCUGACCAUUCUGACAAAUUAAGGUUUAUUGAAGGUGGAAAGGGAAAAGGGGCGUGGCUAAAAAAGCAGACCUAAAACACUUUCUUAAAGGAAAUAUAAGAGGAUUUGAACAUUUGAUCCGCUUUGUAUGUUGACGAAUUUUUUUCAAUUUUGUUUCGUUGAACUCUGCGUUACUAGAAAAUAUAUUUUGCCAAAAAUCCACGUAUUCAUUUUUCUCUAAUUUUAUUUUUGAAAUGCACUAUGUAUGUUGCGAUUAGAACCAAUAACAAAAUUAGUGUUUAUGUUGAUCUAUUUAUGUAUGAAGGAACAGUUAAGUUUUUUUAAAGUAGGUUUAAAAGUAUUUUAAUGUUAAACAAAUAAAAUUUGUUUAUAUUUGUUUGCCUAUGUGGAAACUUUUCUUUUGAAUCCGUGGCUUUUAGUUAUUUUUUAAAUAUUUUUAACGAUGGCUAUUUUUUUAACGAAAAUCAAUAAAAAGCUAUAAAAGCUAGCGCAAAUCACCUUCCUUCCUUCACUAUCCGCCCCACACGUCAAUGCUGACCCGCGAUUAUUUUAUAUAUUUCUCUGCAUCUCUAAGUCUAUAGCAUAUUUCAUUUUACACAUAGCAUUGACCACGUCAGCACUAUGAAUUUAUUUCACCUAAAUAAAGCUGCGAAAAAGAAUUAGUGAAUUGUAUUUGUUAGAAAAUCUAUUCAUUUAAAUUAAACCGUUUUAAGAAUUGAAAUUGUUUCUUUUAACCCUUAAAUAAGUUUCAUGGAUGUUGCUAACUUUUUAAAAUUGUUUUGAUUUAACGGAUAUAUUUUUACAUUCAUAUAUCCUUAUAGUAAAUUAAAGUCAAUUUUCAAUACCUUAAUAACAUCCUAAAAGCUCUUUUAAAGAUUUCCUUUUUAUUUUCUUAAAUUUUCAGGUAAAUUAUAUAUUUUUAUAUAAAGACUUUAUUUUAUUAAAAACAUAUUGGAAAAGAAGCUGUGAUGAUCUCCUUUUCUGUUUUUAAUAUUUUGUUGAUUAUUAGCGGAAGUUUUUUGGUGAAGGCUGCUGUAAAGGAUGGUUCUCCACCUUCUGAAAAUUCUCUUGAUGACCUUGUUCCAAUUGAUGAAGAAGAGAAUGUUUUGGUUUUGACUAAGGACAAUUUCAAAUCUGCUAUUGAAAAGAAUGAGUUUAUUCUUGUAGAGUUUUAUGCGCCGUGGUGUGGCCACUGUAAAGCUCUUGCACCCGAAUAUGCAAAGGCAGCUACUCAAUUAAAGGAUGAAAAGUCGCCAAUCAAGCUUGGAAAAGUUGAUGCUACAAUUCAUACAGAACUUGGUUCUACUUAUGAAGUCCGUGGCUAUCCGACAUUGAAACUCUUCAGAAAUGGUAAACCCAGCGAAUACGGAGGAGGCCGUGAUGCUGCUUCCAUCGUUGCUUGGCUCAAGAAGAAGACUGGACCUCCGGCUAAGGAACUCACUUCUGCCGAUGAGCUUAAAGAAUUCCAGGAUUCUGCCGAAGUUGCCGCUGUUGCUUACUUCAGUGAUAAGGACUCUGCAGAAGCCAAAGUCUAUAUUGAACUUGCAAGCUCAUUUGAUGAUGUUCCAUUCGCGAUUAUUUACGAUUCUGCUGUUGCCAAAGACGCUAAUAUCAAGGACAAAGGAAUUGUACUUUUCAAGAAGUUUGAUGAGGGCAAAACAGACUUUGAUGGAGAAAAGAUUGAAUUGGAUAUUCUCAAAAAAUGGGUUCAAUCUAAUCGUAUUCCUCUUGUCUCUGAAUUUAGCCAAGAAACCGCUGCAGUCAUCUUUGGUGGGGAAAUCAAGUCUCACAUGCUUUUGUUUGUUUCCAAGGAGUCUCCAGAUUUCGAAAAGUUGGAGUCCGAAUUCAAGGCAGCUGCAAAAGAAUUCAAGGGCAAACUUCACUUUGUGUACAUCAACACUGAAGUUGAAGAUAAUCAACGAAUUAUGGAGUUCUUUGGUUUGAAGAAGGAGGAGCUUCCAGCUGUUCGUCUCAUCUCUUUGGAAGAGGACAUGACCAAAUACAAGCCAGAUUGGACUGAAAUCACUACAGAAAAUGUUGUUAAAUUCACUUCUGCCUAUUUGGACGGAAAGUUGAAGCCACAUUUGAUGAGCGAAGAAAUUCCAGAAGAUUGGGACAAACAGCCAGUCAAGGUUCUCGUUGGCAAGAACUUUGAACAAGUUGCUCGAGAUGAGAAGAAGAAUGUGCUUGUUGAGUUUUAUGCUCCAUGGUGUGGUCAUUGCAAACAGCUUGCUCCUAUUUGGGAUAAACUUGGCGAAAAAUAUCAAGAUCGUGAAGAUAUUGUUAUUGCAAAGAUGGAUGCCACCGCCAAUGAAGUUGAAGAUGUGAAGGUUCAAUCCUUCCCAACAAUCAAAUUCUUCCCUGCUGAUUCAAAGAAGGUUAUUGACUACACUGGAGAGCGUACUCUUGAAGGAUUCUCUAAAUUCCUCGAUUCUGGCGGCAAAGAAGGUGCUGGACUUUCUGACACCGAAAAGGCAGAGAAGGAAGCUGAAGAAGAGGCAGAAGAACCCGAAGAGGGAGAAGAUAAGGACGAGGGACACACUGAGCUUUGA